AUGGAAGAACGUAUAUUUUCUAGAUCUUUCUUCCCUCAAAAUUCUGCUUUGCUCGCUACUUUUCCUACCCACCCCAAUUUCUUCUCUAGCUAUUUCUCCUCCCACCCCGCCGUCGCUAGCACCUCCCACCCAGCCGUCGCUCUCCCUCCCAUUCCCGUAUCCUCUUCCUCACUUUUCGCCGUCACCUCUCCCUCCCACUCCGCCAUCGCCUCUUCCUCCUACCUCACAAUCACUCCGUCUCACCCCGCCAUCUCCUCUCCUUUACCUCCCCGCCGUCGCCUCUCCCUCCUCCCCGCCGUCGCCUCUCCCUCCUCCCCGCCCUCGCCUCUCCCUCCUCCUCGCCGUCGCCUCUUCCUCCUCCCCGCCGUCGCCUCUUCCUCCUUCCCGCCGUCGCUCUCUCUCCUCCCCGCCGUCGCCUCUCCCUCCUCCCCGCCGUCGCCUCUCCCUCCUCCCCGUCGUCGCCUCUUCCUCCUCCCCGCCGUCGCCUCUCCCUCCUCCCCGUCGUCGCCUCUCCCUCCUCCCCGCCGUCGCCUCUUCCUCCUCCCCCCCGUCGCCUCUUCCUCCUCCCCGCCAUCGCCCUCCCUCGUCCCCGCCGUUGCCCUCCCUCCUCCCCGCCAGGUGCCCGGAGCGCAAGCGCGGAUUGGUGCGCAAUCGCGGUUUGGUGCGCAAUCGCGGGUUGGUGCGCAAGCGCGGGUUGGUGCGCGAGCGCGGGUUGGUGCGCGAGCGUGGGUUGUUUCCUGA